AUGGACCAGUACCCAUCAUCUUUGGUCGAUACUUCUUUAGAUCUCACUAUUGGAGUUACGCGAAUGCGAGUUGAAGAAGAUUCCACGACAACUGCUUUAGUGGAUGAAUUAAACCGAAUGAAUGCUGAGAACAAGAAGCUCUCAGAGAUGCUAACUUUGAUGUGUGACAAGUACAACGUAUUGAGGGAACAGCUUAUGGAAUAUGUUAACAAGACCGAGAGAGACCAAGUCAGUCCUCCCAAGAAACGCAAAUCUCCAGCGAGAGAUGACGCAAAUAGUUCGGCGGUGGUCGGUGGAGUAUCGGAGAGUAGCUCUACGGAUCAGGAUGAUCAGUAUCUGUGUAAGAAGCAAAGAGAAGAGACUGUUGUGAAGGAGAAAGUCUCAAGGGUUUAUUACAAGACCGAAGCUUCUGACACUACCCUUGUUGUGAAAGAUGGGUAUCAAUGGAGGAAGUAUGGACAGAAAGUGACUAGAGAUAAUCCAUCUCCAAGAGCUUACUUCAAAUGUGCUUGUGCUCCAAGCUGUUCUGUCAAAAAGAAGGUUCAAAGAAGUGUGGAGGAUCAAUCAGUGUUGGUAGCAACUUAUGAGGGUGAACAUAACCAUCCAAUGCCAUCACAAAUCGAUUCAAACAGUGGCCUAAACCGUUCUCCUGGUGCUGCCAACAGAAGUAGGAGCUUGGCUGAGCCUGUGACUACCAUUGAUCUGACUGAAACUAAGAAAGUGACAAGCCCAUCAAGAGUAGAUUUUCCAGAAGUUCAGAAACUUUUGGUGGAGCAAAUGGCGUCUUCCUUGACAAAAGAUCCAAACUUCACAGCAGCAUUAGCAGCAGCUGUUACCGGGAAAUUGUACCAACAGAAUCAAACCGACAAGUAG